UCAUUUUUCACCUUCAUUAUGUUAAAAGGACUUCCUCUCACUCUCGAACAGUGAGUUUAUAUUGUCGCCACAGAGCUUCAGAUCUACAAGAAGAAGACUGUGGUGGAGAAAGAGAGAAACCCUUUGUAAAACCCUUACAAAAACUCACAGUCAAUCUCGGAAAGCCUUCUGAUUUCGAGACAAUGGUGGUCACAGAUGCUGAAAGUCCUCUUCUUGGGGAGAUCACUUGUGGUACUUUACUCCAAAAGUUGCAGGAAAUAUGGGAUGAAGUUGGUGAGAGCGAUGAGGAAAGAGACAAACUGCUUCUUCAGAUAGAGCAAGAGUGUCUUGGCGUUUACAAGAAGAAAGUUGAGCAAGCUGCCAAAUCCCGAGCAGAGCUUCUUCAAACCUUGUCAGAUGCUAACGCUGAACUCUCCAGCCUCACCACCUCUCUUGGUGAUAAAACCUCUCUUAAUGGCAUUCCGGAUAAGUCUUCUGGAACGAUUAAAGAACAGCUUGCUGCUAUAGCACCUGCUCUUGAACAGCUUUGGCAACAGAAAGAAGAGAGAGUCAAAGAGUUCUCUGACGUACAAUCACAAAUCCAGAAGAUUUGCGGAGAGAUCGCUGGUGGUUUGAGCAGUGAGGUUCCUAUAGUCGACGAGUCUGAUUUGUCGCUUAAGAAACUAGAUGAUUUCCAGAGCCAACUCCAAGAGCUCCAGAAAGAGAAGAGUGACAGGCUGCAGAAGGUGCUAGAGUUCGUUAGCACUGUUCACGAUCUAUGUGCUGUUCUUGGUUUGGACUUCUUAACCACUGUCAGAGAAGUUCAUCCGAGUUUAGAUGAAGAAACUGGUGUCCAGUCCAAGAGCAUUAGCAAUGAGACACUCUCGAGGUUGGCUAAAACCGUCCUGACUCUUAAUGAUGAUAAGAAGCAAAGACUUCAAAAGCUUCAAGAGCUUGCUACUCAGCUGAUUGAUCUAUGGAACCUGAUGGACACUCCUGAUGAGGAAAGGGAUCUUUUCAAUCAUGUUACUUGUAACAUUUCAGCUUCGGUCGAUGAGGUGACUACGCCAGGUGCUCUUGCACGUGAUCUGAUCAAUCAGGCCGAGGUGGAAGUUGAUAGGCUUGACCAGCUGAAAGCCAGCCGUAUGAAGGAGAUUGCUUUCAAGAAACAAACUGAGCUUGAGGAGAUAUACGGUCGUGCACACGUGGAAACAAGCCCUGAGUCAGCUCGUGAGAGGAUCAUGUCGCUGAUUGAUUCUGGAAACGUUGAGCCUACUGAGUUAUUGGCAGACAUGGAUAGUCAGAUAGCUAAGGCUAAAGAAGAAGCGUUUAGCAGGAAGGAUAUUUUGGACCGUGUUGAGAAAUGGAUGUCUGCUUGUGAGGAAGAGAGCUGGCUAGAAGACUACAACCGGGAUCAGAACAGGUACAGUGCCAGCAGAGGUGCACAUUUGAAUCUCAAGAGAGCUGAGAAAGCCAGGAUUCUUGUCAGCAAGAUUCCUGCCAUGGUUGACACAUUGGUCGCUAAGACCCGAGCUUGGGAAGAGGAGCACAGCAUGUCCUUUGCAUACGAUGGGGUUCCUCUGCUAGCUAUGUUAGAUGAGUACGGUAUGCUUAGGCAAGAACGAGAAGAUGAGAAACGGAGGCUCAGGGAACAAAAGAAGGUUCAAGAACAGCCUCACAUAGAGCAAGACACUGCCUUCAGCACCAGGCCAAGCCCUGCAAGACCAGUUAGUGCUAAGAAACCGGUGGGGGCACGAGCUAACAACGGAGGAGCUAACGGAGCACCGAGCAGGCGUUUAUCUUUGAAUGCAAGCCAGAACGGAAGCAGGUCAAUUGCAAAAGGAGGAGGGAGAAGGGAGACUAUAGACAGGCCGGCUGCUCCUACAAACUACGUUGCCAUUUCGAAAGAGGAAGCUGCUGCUUCAUCUCCGGUUUCUGGUGCUGCAGAUCAUGUUUCAGCUUCGCCCUGAAGAUGUUAAAGGCAAACAUGUGUAGUUGUCACUCUUGUCUGUUUAGGAAGAGAGAGGGUUGUAUGAAAGAAAACACAUGAGAGAAGACCAACAAACAAAAAAAGACAUUUGAGGAGUAGAAUGAUGUACUAGAAUGUGUAUCUGUGUGUGUGUGUGUGUGUUUGUUGUUAGUGUUGUUUUUGAUAGUUGGUAUCAUCUUGACUUAUUGGCAGACAUGGAUAGUCAAGACAGUUAUGGCUUGUUAA